AUGUGGGCGGUUUCAUCAACAACAAAGACAUUAUUAUUCACCAAUUUCAAUUCCCAUUUCCACAAGCACAACCAUUCGCACUUCACUCUUCCGCUUCUUCUAAUGUCUAAUCCCAAAACCGCUAGGGUUUCUACUUCUUCUUCUCCUUCCUCUACUCCUCACGCGUCCCUCAAGCGCGUUGGUACCCACAAUGGAAGCUUCCAUUGCGAUGAAGCUCUUGGUUGCUUCAUGAUUCGUCUCACUCGCAAGUUCUUCAACGCUGAAAUCGUUCGCACUCGUGACCCUCAGGUGUUGGAGGGUCUGGAUGCUGUUCUUGAUGUUGGAGGUGUGUAUGAGCCUGCCCGAGAUCGGUAUGAUCAUCACCAGAAAGGAUUUGAGGAGGUUUUUGGGCAUGGUUUCUCCACUAAGUUGAGCAGUGCUGGUCUUGUUUAUAAGCAUUUUGGAAAGGAGAUUAUAGCAAAUGAGCUUAAGGUAGAUGAAGAGCACCAAGAUGUGAAUUACAUCUAUUUGGCUGUUUACAGGAGCUUCAUGGAGGCAAUUGAUGCCAUAGACAAUGGAAUCAACCAGUACGACACAGACCAGCCUCCAAAAUAUGUGAAUAAUACUCAUUUAUCCUCAAGAGUAGGAAAGUUUAAUUUGGAUUGGACAGAUGCUGACCAGUCAUCCGAGAAAGAAAACGAGGCCUUUCAUCGUGCCAUGGCUCUUGCUGGCAGCGAGUUCCUGGAUAGUGUUCGAUUUCACGUAAACUCAUGGUUACCAGCAAGGUCAAUUGUAAUGGAGACUGUUGCGGCUAGACAAACUGUUGAUCCUUCUGGAGAAAUUUUAGUUUUGAAAAAUUUCUGUCCUUGGAAGCUUCAUUUAUUCGAGCUUGAGAAGGAAAUGAAAAUUGACCCUCCAAUCAAAUAUGUUCUAUACGAGGAUGAGAGAAGCAAACAGUGGCGUGUGCAAGCAGUUUCAGUAUCUCCUGAUAGAUUUGAGAGCCGAAAAGCUCUACCCUUGCAGUGGCGAGGUUUAAGAGAUGACAUCCUGUCAAAGGAAGCUGACAUUCCUGGUUGUGUUUUUGUUCAUAUGAGUGGGUUUAUUGGCGGAAACCAAACUUUUGAAGGUGCCUUGGCCAUGGCAAAGGCUGCUUUGAAGCUGUAG